CAGGCACCGGCGGCCCAGCGCGGCGGAGCAAGGCCCCAUGGCCUCAGGAACGGACCGGAGCACGGAGGCGGCCGGCAGCCCUGCCGCCUGCUACCGGGAGCUGAGACGGUUCCCUGCCGUCACCCGCGCUGCCCUUUGCGCCGCCGUGGGGGGACAGACCUUCCUGCUCUACACCGGCUCCUCAGCCAGGACUCGCCCACGGGGCAGCACCGCGCCGUGCUCAGCCGCUGCCCGCGGCGGGGCCACGAGCUGCUGGAGGUGUGGGGCAGCGGCGGGCGCAGCCACAGUGUGGACCUCACGGCGCUGGGGAAGCACGGGGAGGUCUACGUGGAGGGUACGGCCCCUACCCCACGUCCCCUGCCUGCAACACAGGCGAGGGUGGCACCGGCAGCGGCCGCAGUGCCUGCCCGGUGCCCAGCUGUGCCUGCGCCAGGCUGGGCUUCGGCACCCUUGUACCGUGCCAGGGCCCUUCGCCUGUCUGGCCUGGUCCCACUCGGAGACGCGGCUGCUCUACGUCGCCGAGAAGAGCCGGCCCAAACCACGGCCCCCCUGCCCCUGGGAUGUGCCGGGAGCAGCCAUGCCGGUGGAGGAGGAUGAGGAUGAGGAGGGCGAGCAGUUCGUGUACCGCGAGGACUGGGGGGAGGCGCUGAGCACCCGCAGCGUGCCCGUCCUCUGCGCCCUGGACCUGGAGGGCAGCAGCAUCUCGGUGCUGGAGGGCGUCCCGGAGCACCUCUCUCCUGGCCAGGCCCUGUGGUCCCCGGAUGACCGCGGCGUGGUGUUCGUGGGCUGGUGGCAUGAGCCCUUCCGCCUGGGGCUGACCGCCUGCUCCAACAGGAGGUCGGGGAUUUUCCACUUGGACCUGGCCAGCGGGUGCUGCGAGCUGCUGUCGGCCGAGCACGGUGCUGCCUUCUCCCCUCGGCUGAGCCCCGACGGCCGGCGCCUGCUCUACCUGGAGGGGGGUCUGGGGGGGCCGCACCGGCAAUGCCUGCGCCUGUGCAUGCUCACCUGGCAGACAAGGCAGACGGUGACGGUGCUCGACGUGGUGCAGGAGCCCACAGAAGCCUUCGCCGGGAUCUACGCAGAGGUGCUGCCACCGCGGUGUUGGGCGGCCGACAGCCGUCGAGCCGUGCUGGGCACCCCGCAGCGGAGCCGCACGGACCUGCUGCUCGUGGACACGGAGGCGGCCACCGUCACCAACCUGACAGCAGGGUCAUCCAAAGGGUCCUGGGAGCUGCUCACCCUCCAGUGGGACCUGCUGGUGGCCACCUGCUCGGCCCCACACCACCCCCCCAGCCUGGUGGUGGCGGUGCUGCCGCCGGCGGGCCAGGAGCUGCCCCUCUGCUGGGUGCUGGUGGAGGAUGCCCCAACAGUGCCCGGUGUCACCUGGAAGACCCUGACGGUCCGGCCACCCUGCAGUGGGCAGAGCCCCACUGCGCACGGCACCCAGGCUUUCGAGGCCCUGCUGCUGAGCCCGCCGGAUGGCAUGGCACCGCACCCCCUCGUCGUGUGCCCCCACGGUGGCCCCCACGCCGUCUUUGACGCCCGCUGGCGCCCAAGCAUGGCCGCGCUGUGCCGGCUGGGCCUCGCUGUGCUCCUGGUGAACUACCGCGGCUCCCUGGGCUUCGGCCAGGCCGGCAUCAGCUCCCUGCUGUCCCGCGUGGGUGAGCAGGACGUGGCAGACACCCAGCUGGCGGCGGAGCAGGCGCUGCGCAGCGAGCCCCUGGACCCGCGCCGCCUGGCCCUGCUGGCUGGCUCCCACGGAGCCUUCAUCGCCCUCCACCUCCUCGCCCGCGAGCCUGAGCGCUACCGAGCCUGCGCCCUGCGCAGCCCCGUCUCCAACCUGCCCGCGCUGCUGGGCACCUCCGACAUCCCUGACUGGCGCUACACCUCCCUGGGGCUGCCCUACUCCUUCGAGCGGGUGCCCCGCGCCGAGGAGGUGGCCACCAUGCUGCUGCGCUCGCCCAUCGCCCAGGCAGCCCAGGUACGGACGCCGGUGCUGCUGUGCGUGGGUGCCCGGGACCGUCGCGUCAGCCCCACGCAGGCACUGGAGCUGUACCGGGUGCUGCGGGCCAGGGGGGUGCCUGUGCGGCUGCUGUGGUACCCGGAGGGCGGCCACACACUGGCCGGCGUGGAGAUGGAGGCCGACGUCUUCAGGAACUGCGCCCGCUGGCUCCUCCGGCACCUGGGGCAGCCCCCGCGGGACAGGACGGAAGGGCACAGACCCUAGCGCCCACGGUGGCCCUGCGGCUGUGCCAGCCCCGGGGUGACCGCCGGCCCUGGGGACCGCACCAGGACCCGAGGAGGAUGGAGCGAGCGGAGCCGGGUGGGAUGCGGGUUGGGGUUUGGCGCUGAAUAAACGUGCGAGACCCUGUGCA